AUGCGCCGUCUGCAGACCACAUACUGGCUGGAGCCCGCCGGGUCGCAUGGGGUUUGGGGCCUGGACGAUUACCAAAUCCUCCCUUUCCUUUGGGGUUCCGCACAGCUGGUGGACCAUGGGGACAUUACACCGGGGAGCAUCCACAACCCUGCGGUGCUUCAGGAUGGGAAGGAGGAGUACAUGUACCUGUCUGCGGUGGCCUUUGUGAAGCAGGCAAGCCCUCCUGGCCAGGGAAAGGGCACAGUGAAGAAGGGCCACCUGGCAGAGACCUCGCCCAUGCUGAACGACAUCUCAGGCUUGCCCUCCUGGACCAGGGUCAACGCCGGCAUGAUCAAGAUGUACCAGGCGGAAGUCUUGUCUCGGCUGCCCAUCAUGCAGCACUUCCUCACCGGCAACCUCCUCCCCUUCCAGCAAGCCGCCUGA